AUGAACUCCAUCAAACUAAUUGUCGAUUCUUUGGACAAUGUCCUUUCGGGGAAAGGUUACGAUGUUCCAGCUACUGGUGAAGAGGAAAACGAGCGACUGGAAAAACAAGAGGAGAUUGAGCAAGAGAUAGCCCAUGGAGGCUAUAAUGACAAUACUACCACCAGUGUGGGGGAUCCAGUCUCAAUCAAAGGACCAUGUAAACUUCCGAUGACUAGAGAAGAUACCUCUCGUGAUGACAUGGACAAAGAAGGAGAGGAAAAUGAGCCAUUAGAAGAUGUUGAAGAAGAAGAAGAAGAAGAGGAAGAGGAUUUGGAGGAAAAUGACGGAAAUGAGGAGAUCAACCUAGCUACGGAAUCUCAAAGACCCAAAACCCAAUCACCCCCACUAACUUCAAAGCAUUCGCUGAUUGUGAUAUUCUUUCUUCAAGUCGGUAGAGUCAUUUUUAUCGUUCCCAAUUAUCUCGUCAUCAAACCCAUUUCAAUCUUGGUGAAUCUCAUGAUACUUCCCUUUGUCUUGAUCAAGGCGUCAUUAGGAUUUGGUCCAAAACUUCCAAAGACUGAACAAGAAUUAUACAACGAGAAGCUCGAGUCGUUUGAAAACAACAUCGAUGAAUCCAUAGUCACACGCGCUCCUCCAACGCAAGGUCGUCGCUUACAAUCAAAUAGAUCCAAAACCAAGUUAAUGACUCCCUUGGACUUAGACCCGGACGAGUAUGAUAAUGCUCAAGUGGAGCAGAUCAAGCAGGACAAUCUACUAGCGAAUGAAGUGAAAUCACCAUCAUCCUUCUCCAAAUACAUGAUUCCGCCUCCACUACGUCUAUUUCCAUUGUCGAGGAAUCCGCAGCGGAAACGAAAGAAGAAAGUGCUUAUAUUAGACCUCGAUGAGACUUUGAUCCAUUCGCUUUCAAGAGGUGGACCCCGCACUUUUAAUCCAGCAUCUAAAUCCAAAAUGAUUGAAAUUAAACUAAACAAUGUGUCUUCACUAUACUAUGUUCAUAAACGACCAUAUUGUGAUUAUUUUCUAACCCAAAUCAGUCAAUGGUUUGAACUACAGAUUUUCACAGCUAGUGUUAAAGAAUACGCUGAUCCAAUCAUUGAUUGGCUAGAGGAAGAAAUUAUAGACUCCUUAAAGAAAAAGGGCAAACAGCACCGGAUCCAAUCCAGUUCAGAUUACAUCAAGCCCCACAUUUUCACAAAGAGAUAUUAUCGUUCCGAUUGCACGUAUCGACCUGGGGUAGGAUACAUUAAAGAUUUGUCGAGGUAUCUCCGCGAUGAUGAGUUGAAGAAUGUAAUGAUUUUGGACAAUUCCCCCAUCAGUUAUGCCUUGCAUGAAGAUAAUGCCAUUGGGAUUGAAGGAUGGAUUAAUGAUUCCAAUGAUCGGGAUUUACUCAAUUUGCUACCGUUGUUGAAGAGUCUUAGUUUAUGUAUCGAUGUUCGGUUUAUUUUGGGAUUGAAGAAUGGAGAAAAGUUGUUUGAAAUGUAG